CACCUAUGUGAUAAUUAUAUACGCACGUUCUACAGUUCUUAUGCCGGAUUCGUCGUUUGUGGCACUCACGGUCUCAACCCCACCUGCGCAAAUUUCUUCGAACGCGAGAGACGACCUCGACAAACGUUUGCCGGCGAUGGUCUCGCGCCACAUGCUCCUGACGUCGUCGCGCCAUUCCUCUUCUCCGGUCGUCACCUCUACACAGCUAAUGCACCGGACUAUUCGUCAUCGGAGCUACUCCUGAUGCGAAAGGAUCCGCUAAAAACUGGCACGUCAGACAUGCUCCGAACCGGCCGCGGCGAAACGCAAACUGAUGGCGCUCAAUUCGUGAAGCUCACCGAAAACAGAAACGAGGUAUUGGCGUUUUUCUCGGAACCACCGACAGAUAGCGAAGGCUGCGGACUGCGACGAGUUGCUCGGGUAGGACGCGUUUGCCGGGAUGACACUGGCGGAUCCGGAAAACAUCAACACGAAUGGACGUCGUUUGUGAAAAGCCGUUUGGACUGCGCUAUAGAGGGGAAAGAUCAGGACACGCUCUAUUUCAACCAGCUUGCCUCGGUAUCGCCAGGGACGCAUUUCAUCUACGGGGCGUUCCGAUCUCAACUGGCCGGACUUGGCUCAUCGGCUGUGUGUGCUUAUUCGCGUACUACUGUAUCACAGCUAAUGGCUAGCGCAUUCCGUAAUAAAAAAUCGGCUUGCCCAAAGGCUAACGACACCUAUGAGCAU